AUGGCCAAGGAGCCUCGCAGCCCGGUGGCGGAAGCGCUGCGGACCGGUCCGCGGCAAGCCACCUCGGUGCUGUGCCGAUUGAAGGCGCCGGAAGCUUUGCAAUGGCUGAGGUGGAUGCAGGAACACCAGGUGGAGGCCAAUGUCUUUCACUAUAGCGCAGUGAUGAGCACGUGCGAGAAGGCCAGUGAAUGGCAGUCCGCGGUCGCAUUGCUGGCGCAGAUGCUGCAAGGGGCUGGCGCCCUGCCAGACACCGUGGUCUGCAAUGCCGCCAUCAGUGCUCUGGAGAAAGGCGGAGGUUGGCAGCUGGCGCUGGCGUUGCUGGAGGAGCUGAAGAACUUCUCGGUGGAAGCGGAUGUCAUCAGCUUCAACUCGGUGAUCAGGGGACUUGACUGGAGGGAUGGGCUGCAGAUCACGCAGUGCAUGAAACAGAGACAGGUCUUCCCCAACACCGUCACCACCAACUGCCUCAUUGAUGCUUGCUCCUCCUGGCCGUGGGCACUCCACCUGUUUGCAACGGUCCAACCGGCGGAGAGGACUUUGGUCACGUACAACGCCAGCUUGUCCGCCUGUGGGGUUCCUUGGCAGUGGAAGCCUGGGCCAAGGCCGUUUGAUGAGCCCGGUGGGUCCAUGUCUUGGUCGGUGGCGGCAUGGGUGCUCGCAGCCAUGCCCGUGCAGCGGGUGUCUGCGGACCUCAUCAGCUCCAAUGCGACGAUGGACGCCUGUGCCAAGGGCGCCGCCACGUGGCAAUGGCCGUUGACGAUGCUCAUGGACUUGCACCGCGCUCGUGGCCUACAUGACGUGGUGAGCUUCGCCGGAGGCCUUGGUGCCUGCGAGCAGGUGAAGGACUGGGAGAUGGCCUACGACCUCCUGCGCUGCAUGGCGGCGUGGCACGUGGAACCCAACCACUUCUGCUUCAAUGCAGCGCUGUCUUCGAGCUCCGCCUGGCCCAGGUCGCUGCAGCUGGCAGGAGAUCUCUUGAAGGAAGACGUGGUCAGUUGCAAUGCCUUGCUCCUCUCGUUGACUUGGCGCCGGGCCAUGGGAAUGCUCGCUUGGUCCAUGCAGGUCCAGCUGCAGCCCAACCUCACCAGCUACAGCACGGCCCUGCUUUCGCUCGAAGGACGUUGGACGCACGCGUUGCAGCUCUUCUCCUCCAUGGAGGUCACCGACGUCAUCAGCUUCAAUUCGGCCUUGGGCGCCCACAAGAUGUCCAUGUCCUGGCGCUCGGCCGCGGAGCUGCUGCAGAGCAUGCGGAAGACCUGGACGCCGACGGUCAUCAGCUACGCCUCUGCCACCAGCGCAUGCGAGGCCUCCGGGGUCGAAGGGGGCGAAGGGGUGCGGGAAGGCGCAAGAAGGGAGGAGAAGACGGUCCCCUUUUUGGCCUCCUGCACCUUGCAGGUGUCCCAGCUGUUCACCACUCGAGGUGUCCGGCGAGGACAGGCAAUCGCCGCUGACAGGCAGCACGUGCUGCAGCAUGCAAACAGAGGAUUUUUCACCAGUUCGUUCUUGGCGCGGGUUCUUGGCGCCUCGACCGUUUCUCAGAGAAAUCCAAGCACAUCAUGCGGGUCAUGA